AUGCGGACACAGGUGUUGUUCGCGAUGUCCCUCGUAGCAUGGGGAAGCUCCUCUGUCAUGUGUCGCAUCAGUGACAGCACCUGCGACGAACGUUGGAUUAUGGUUUUGAGAAAGGUUCUCCUCGCCACUAUACCUGCGGCUGCUAUAUUCUAUGCAGAAGAUAUUUUGAUGGAGUGCAUCAUCACCCAUCAAGCGAAGAGAAUCUACAAGAAAAGAAACCUCGACGAAAUUAUGCGACAAAAUCAAUUCACCACCUGCACGGGGCCAAGACUUUUGGCAUCAACUUCUGUGACUCGUCUGCUCUCAAUCACGGUCAAGUUCUUCGAGGCUCUCUUCCUACGCAAUCGGCCAGACCCGAACAACGAGCACAAUCAAAGCAAGCGAUAUAUCCUAGGGAAAGGCAGUGACAAAGAGUUCGAUCGUCACGGGAAGCCUUUUCUAGAGACUUUUGUCGAACAGCGGCUUCCCGGAGAGGACAUGAGUUUCACACAGGAAUUUCUGAAAAAGAAACUUGACGAAGGUAUUGGCAAGGUUAUUGAUAGCGGGCUGCUGUUGAUGGAAAAAGGUUUCACGGCGGCGGAAAUUAUGAAGAUGAUGGACAAAGACGACAGUGGCGUGAUUACGAGAGACGAAGUCGCAGAGCUCCUCAAAGAGCUGAUUAUGGCAAUGCGUGAUAUUAACAAAAGCGUGAACGGAAUGAGACGUGCGGCAAGAAGUGCAAAUGCGGUUGUAUGCUUUUUGUUACUCUUUGUUGUCGCCAUCAUAUACGCCGGAUUCUUCGUCAAGAACCUGACAUCGUACCUGACACCGAUCUCGAUAACCAUUACCGGGCUCUCUUUCGCACUGGGCGGUGCCGUUACCGAAUUCAUCACAGCCUGCCAAUUUGUCUUCUCCAAGCAGCCUUACAACGUUGGCGAUCGCGUCAUCAUCGAAGAAAAGGAGCUCAUCGUCGAAAAAGUGUGCCUGCUUUAUACGGUCUUCAAUCGCUGCUCUGACUGCGCCGUGGAACAGAUUGCACACAAGAAGAUUUGUGAUGCGUGGAUCACUAACCUGACGCGCUCCAAGGGCCUGAUUAUCAAGGAAGUUGCGUCCAUUGCUGACAAGAUGGGAAUUUUCACAUCGGACCAGCUGGAGGCACACGAAAAGGACCUCGUGGAUUUCACCAACAAGGAAACGGUCCGCAAGAGUUAUCUAGACGCUGGUGGUGUCAAGGUAUCGCUACAUGCUGAGCAGCAGCAGCUGGUUGCUAACAUCAAACUCAACGAAAUAAUGGUGAGGCACGAGAAAGUUCUCUCUCGGAUGAGAGGUCAGAUCAGAGACUGGCUGGAGAGGUUGGUUCGCGAAGGAGGUGGGCAAGUUUCGGUCAAAGUUGAACCCACUACAUCAAUUGAGCCAACAAUAAAGACGCAGUAA